UUCCUUUAAGCAUUAUCUGGUAUUGAUUUUAAACUUAGAUAUACAUCCUUUUUGUUUUUACAAAAAAUAGUGAUGAAAUAUAUUGUGCACUUUAUAUGUGAUACAAAACGAUACAGUACAAUUUAAAUUAAAGGAAGAAGAUUAAAAAGAUAGAAUUAAUUUCAACGUAGAGUUAAUUCUAAGAAAUAACUGAAUAGUUUUAUUGAUAAUCUCAAUCAUAUGUCGUUUCAAAUGACCAAUAAGAUAAAGCUACUAUUCAUGAUUGAUGCACAUGAAAAACCAGGAUAUGACACUGCGAAAAGUUACCAGACACAGUCUGCUAUAACUUUUCUGUCAAACUAACGCGUUCUUCGAUGUAUCCGUGUAAUGAGAGUAAAUGAAUAUGUAAAUGUGAUGUAAAAUGUCUUUACCAUGGUGUUUCAUUUAAAAUAUCUGGAAAAAUGUAAUAUAUGCAGCAAUAUAUUUAAAUAGAAUUGAUUGGUACUAUGUUGUAAAAAAUGCCAUCUGAAAUUAAUGUUAAAGAUACGGCUUGUGGGAAAGAUAAUGGAGGAGAUGAGACUGAAGAACACGACACAUUAUUAACACUUGGUACAACAAAUGAAGGAUCCCCAGCUGCUAUAAAACAUGUGGAAACCACUGCUGUGAAAAGUAGUAGUAAACAGAUAUAUGGUUCUGGCAUUGAAAAUGAUUUUAUGGAACAAGCUGAAAGUGUUUCUUUACCUUUAGACCUAAACCAUGUAUCAAAUGAAAAUGGUUUACAGCAAACAGAAGUGAUUGAUAAUACAAAUGAUACUAAUGCUUCAAAUUCUUUUGAAGAGCCAAGUACAUGUUCUGAAUCAAAAUGUAAUAGGGAAAGCACGGUUUUAAAGACUGUCGCUACAACAUCUACAAUAGCUAGUGAAAUUGAAAAUAGUAGUAAUGUUUCAAAUAAAGUGGGUAAUGAUAUUGCGCCAAACUUGAGUGAAAGAUUUGUAUCAUUACCUCAUAAAAAUUUAACAAGAAAGAAAUGUUUUCUGGUCAGUACUGAUAACAAUCCUGGAAAAGUAACAACUGUUUCAGAACAGUUACCUUUAUCCUCCAGAAACAUGAUUAGAAAGAAACAAUUUUUUAGCAAAGAUUUACAGUCCAGUAGCACAGAAUCGCAAUAUGAGCAAAAUACAAGAGAUAGGCACAACAAUAAUGAAAGUGAUGUACUUGGUACUAAUAACAGGGAUUCUAUGAAAGAUGCCUGUAGUUUACCUCUGGAUAGUAUAGCUUCGUGUAGUUCUAGUGAACAGUCACAAUUUCACAAUACUUCAAUACAUGAAGUUCACAACAAUGAAAUUGCCAAUGCACAUAAAUUAUUAAAUUUAACUGAGAAUAAUAACAAAAAUACAAGUGAAAAUUUAAGCAAACUAAAUGAACCUGGUAGUUCGCAUUCUCAUACAUCAAAAAGUGUGCCAAAAUCAUCAAAUAAUUUGGCAGACUUAGUACAUUGUAAUGAUAUUUCGAAGAAACCAUUUAAACUGCCAAUUUUAGAAAAUUUACCUGGAACUGCCAGUGCCCAUCAAACAGAACUUGAAGAAAAUGCUGUUGCACUUUUGGAACCAUCAUCCUCUAAAGGUUUAGAAAUAGAACCUCGAUCUUCAAAUAGUAGCGAUGCAAGUAAUUCUGAUACAGAAUCACAACAAGCAGUUUUAGGUCAUAAUGGGACCAAAAAGAGGCCAUGUGAUAUGAAUGGUAUUGUAACAAAAGAAGGUGUGGAAUAUUAUCAAUUAUGGCGGAGUUCAGAAGGUUUUUCAUUUCCGGAAGGUUUAUAUGAAACAUUGUACCCAAAUCCUCCACCACUUCCACCACGGGUAACGCACAAACUUUUACACAGAAGCAAUGCUUUGCCAACUGGUCCGCCAGAAUUACCCAAAAGACAUCUUCAAAAAUACUCUGCACCUUUGCACCCAGAAGAUUGCUUUGGAUUUGAAAUUGUAGAUGUUGAUGAAGCUUCUAAUUCAAAGUCACGAAAAGCUGUUACGAAAAGCAUAGCAUUGUUAAGUUCACCCAGAGCACAUAGGCCAUUGGAGAGACCAGAAACCGGAUUGACAAAUCAGAUGGAAUGUCCACCAACACCUACACAUCGUCCUAAACCAUUACGUCCAUUACCGAUGUGCCAAACAUCCAAUGUACCAGUUUCCUCCGAAGAACCUCUACCUCCAUCAUGGGAAGCAAGAAUCGAUAGCCACGGUCGAGUGUUUUACAUAGAUCAUAUUAAUCGAACUACGACUUGGCAGAGGCCCAAUUUAACAACACGAAACACCGGUUGCGAUCUUCGAAGGCAGCAAUUAGAUCGACGUUAUCAGAGCGUUCGUCGAACUAUAUCCCGGCCAGAUAAUAUUGAUCGUGAACCGACUAGCUCGCAAUAUGCAAACGGGAAUAAUUUCGAAAAUGCUGAUCGAUCUAACGAACGAACUGAAAGAAACGAUUCUGAACCGUUUGAUAUUACCAUGAGCCCUCCAGUAUUGUUUCUAAUAAGGCCCGACUUUUUUACAGUAUUACAUGGUAAUACGGAGGCAGUAGAAUUGUAUAAUCGGAAUUCCAGUUUAAAACACAUGAUCAGUAGAAUCAGAAGAGACAAGGCAGUCUUUCCCAGAUACGAGCAUAACAGAGAUUUAGUUGCACUGAUAAAUUUAUUUGCCGAUCCAAAUAAGGAACUUCCAAGAGGUUACGAAUCAAAACUUGACAGAACAGGCAAAAGAUUUUUUAUUUGUCACGCCAGAAAAGCAACGUCUUUCAUCGAUCCAAGAUUACCUACCGAACCAACACAUACUCGGGCAUUAUUAGACGAAGCACCAGUACCACCACCUAGACCGCAACAAUCAGCUAUUACAACUGCACCCGAAAUACCUGUAGCUUAUAAUGACAAAGUUGUUGCCUUUUUACGCCAACCCAACAUAAUGGAUAUAUUAAAAGAAAGGCACUCGGCAUUAGGACAAAAUAUUGCACUUCGAGAAAAAGUCAAUACUAUAAGAAUUGAAGGCACAACUGCUUUACAACGAUUGGGUCACGAUGUACCACUAGCUUUAUUGUUAAGCUUAUUUGAGCAGGAAAUUAUGUCAUAUGUACCUGGAAAUGUGGGCAGAUCUCCGCUGGGUAGUCCACAUGCUUCACCUGGCUUAACGAGAGCAUCUGCAAGAGCCCCAGCUCCGUAUAGGAGAGAUUUUGAAGCUAAACUUAGAACAUUUUACAGGAAACUAGAAAGUAAAGGAUAUGGCCAAGGUCCAGGAAAGUUAAAGUUGCACAUUAGAAGAGAGCAUCUCUUAGAAGAUGCCUUCACUCGCAUUAUGGCUGCUUCAAAGAAAGACUUACAGAAAGGCAAAUUAGUAGUAAUGUUUGAUCAUGAAGAAGGUUUAGAUUACGGUGGACCAUCUCGAGAAUUUUUCUUUCAUCUGUCACGUGAACUUUUUAAUCCUUAUUACGGAUUAUUUGAAUAUUCUGCUAAUGAUACUUAUACCGUGCAAGUAUCACCAAUGUCAGCAUUCGUCGAUAAUUACCAUGAUUGGUUCAGAUUCUCGGGCAGAGUUUUGGGAUUAGCAUUAGUUCAUCAGUAUUUGCUUGAUGCCUUUUUCACGAGACCAUUUUACAAAGCUCUUUUGAGAAUACCAGCUAGCCUGAGUGAUUUGGAAAGUUUAGAUCAAGAGUUUCAUCAAAGUUUAAUGUGGAUCAAAGAGAAAGAUAUUAGCAUUGAAUCAUUAGAAUUGACAUUCUCCGUAACGGAGGAAUUAUUAGGACGAGUAGCUGAACGCGAAUUAAAACCCGGAGGUAGAAAUAUUCCGGUAACUGAGAAAAAUAAAAAAGAAUAUCUUGAAAGAGUUGUGCGUUGGAGACUUGAGCGUGGUGUUGCUGAACAAACGGAAUCAUUGGUUCGUGGAUUUUAUGAAGUUGUAGAUCCACGGUUAGUAUCCGUUUUUGAUGCACGGGAAUUAGAAUUGGUGAUAGCUGGAGCAGCCGAAAUUGAUCUUAAUGAUUGGAGAACACAUACAGAAUAUAGAAGUGGUUAUCACGACGCUCAUCCAGUAGUAGAAUGGUUUUGGAGUAGCAUAAGUCGAUUUACUAAUGAACAACGAUUGAGACUAUUACAAUUUGUUACUGGUACAUCAAGCAUUCCAUAUGAAGGAUUUGCAGCUUUACGUGGGUCUACAGGACCGCGGAAAUUUUGCAUUGAAAAAUGGGGGAGACCAAACAGUUUGCCCAGAGCUCACACAUGCUUUAAUCGCUUGGAUCUUCCACCGUAUCCUACACCUGAGAUUUUAUAUGAAAAGCUUUUAUUGGCAGUAGAGGAAACAAAUACCUUUGGGAUAGAAUAAAACAAGUUUAUUACGAUUACAGCAAAUAUAUAAUGGUAUAACGGAAACAUGAAGCUUCAUAUUAUUUAAAUGAAGUAUUUCAUUAUGGAUGUAAAGGUAUACUCGUCGCGUAAUUUAUCGUUCAUAAAUGAUUGGAUUUUUAAGAUCAUUACAAUCAAAACUGUAUCAAAAUGUAAAUAUCGAAGAGAAAAAACAGUUGCGCAUAUUUUGAAAAUUUUAAAUAUUGUAUACAUGUUGCUGUAAUCUAUUUAUAUUAUAAAAACUGAAUUAUAAUUCGCGAAGUAAAUGA